AUGGAGGGGUUAAUUCCAUAUCUGAUUCAUGCUAUCAAGAAACACCACAAGUCUCAGCAUAUGAGGUAUCGGUCGAUGUCUGAAGGAUCGAGCCAUAGCUACAGACCAUUAAUGAUGGGACAAGAAGGUUCUUCUUCGUAUCAGGGAUCUUCUCACCGUCGAACAAGAUCAGAGUACACGCCACCUGUGAUAAUGGAUAUGUUCGAUCACACAUUAUGUCAAGAUUCUGUGAAUAAAGAUUCUUCUGCUCAGAAUAUAGCAACAAAUACUCAGCUUGCACUUAGACGUUGAGCUCCUGUAACAAAAGAAAAAUGUAUAAGAUCAUUCUAUGUAACAAGUUUCAGAUACAGUACAAGUAAAUGUUAUUAAUUUAUUUUA